UUCUCAUUUCACCACCACUCUCUCCAUCUCUUUAGAAAAACCAUAUUUGGUUGUCUAGGUUUGCAGAGAAUGAAGAAACACUACUGGGUUCCCCAUCACUUUCUUUGCUCUUUUUGACUAUCUGGGACAAAAGAAAACCAUUUCUCGAAAAAAUUGUCUUUUAAUAGAAUCGAUCCCUUCUUUUAUUUUGCAGCAGAUUUACAUAUUUGACAAUAAAAGUCUGUCAAAAGCUGCAAAUCAUUUUUUUGGAGUUUAUCAAGUCAUGGGAAGUUUAUAGCUACAGCUUCUCUUCUCACUGCUCUUUCUUCUCAGUAGGAUUUUGGAUUUUCUGUUGAACUGCUCCACCAUCCACAUAUUACAUUUUAGAUAUAGAGAGACGUUAAAAUCAUUAGCCUCUGUUGAAGAAAUUAAAGCUGUUAGUUUUUGGAGUUUUCCAAACAAAAAGUUUUCAGGGAUUACUGAUCAUCAGCAAUGGCAGGAGCUUAUGGUUAUUUCAGUCAAGGUUCAAAGGGUGAGAGCUCAAGAGAAGAUAAAAAUGAUGAAGAUUUUGAUGAAGAAGAUAUUUGGAAUAUAGGGAAAGAAAGAAGAGAAACAAGUCCAAGGAAGCUCAAAAAAUCAUCAAGUGAGAUAUCAUCUUUUGCUUUGAGAGGAGUUCCAACCGGGGCACGAAUGAUUAUUCCAAAAAGACUCAAUAAUGAAGCAAGAGUUCAUCAGCAAUCAUCUGCACCUGUUAAUGUUCCUGACUGGUCAAAGAUUUACAUGAAAAAUUCUAAAGGUACUGAUUUUAGAACCGGUGAGAAUGAUGAAGAUGAUGGGGUUGAUGCUAAUGGUGUUAAGGUCCCUCCUCAUGAAUGGAUUGCUAAGAAACUUGAAAAAUCGCAGAUUUCAUCUUUUUCUGUUUGUGAAGGUGCUGGAAGGACUUUGAAAGGUAGGGAUAUGAGCAAAGUUAGAAAUGCAGUUCUCACCAGAACUGGUUUUCUGGAGUAAUAACUAUUUUUCUUUUUUUACAUAUCAGCAUCAUGGAACUGCUUCAUCAUGGGUUCCAUGAUCUCUAUCUCUAAUUUUAUAAUUUUAUUUUUGUUGGCUUUUUAUAUUACUAUAAACUAAAUUAUUAGAAGUUCUUAUCUAGUUCGGAUGUGAACUCCUCCGGUGAAAUGGAAUGUAGAAGUCGAAAAUGCUGAUUUAGUCAGAGAUGCAUUUUGGUUGAUGAUGGGAGCUUGGGGAUUUCCAUUUGAUUACUUAAAAAAUAUUAUAUAUUAGGGAAGUCUCUGAGAUUUUGUUUUUGUGGGAUUCUUUUUUGUUUGUGUUGGUAGAAUAUAUAAUCCCCAUCUAGCUAGCUACCUUUGUUUGUGUUGGUGAAGAAAGUAAAAUUCAAUAAAGAUUUAGUUAAUUAAUUAGUCAGAGUUAUAUUUC